AUGCGGGAGCUGCAUCGAGUUGUUCGCUUUGUCGGUGUGACCGGGGAGAGCAGAAGUCUUCGUCUGCUUCUGCACGGCUUGUGCAUCCAACUUGCUGAAAUAUAUCAUAAGUCAAUCCGUUUCUCAGAGGAAUUCCCGGGGCUGUUAAAUGAGUUCACUUCCUUGCUGGAGCUGGCUACUGAAGACCAUCCUCUGUUGAUCAGUUUGGAUGGUUUGGAUGAAUUGUCCGAUGACUACAAUGCACGAAGCCUUUUCUGGUUGCCAAGCGAGCUGCCGAAGAACGUCUAUAUCAUUGCAUCCAUGACCGUUGAGGAGAAGGAGGCUGCACCAAAGAUUUUCAAUGACGUUGGGAAGGUUCUUCAUAUCCCACCCCUCACGUCUGUGGAGACGGAACAGAUACUGGGCUCUUGGUUGGAACGGGAUAGUCGAACGCUGGCAGCCGACCAGUGGGCUUUACUAGUGGGAGCGUGCUCGGCCUGCCCGAGCCCUCUCUAUCUCCAGUGUGCCUACAGGGAGUCGCUGGGCUGGCGCUCCUCCACCCGAGCGGUGGACAUUUACCUCCCGCCCGGCCUCCAGCCGCUGUACGCGGCGGUCCUCAGCCGGCUGGAGAAGGCGCACGGCGAGGCGCUGGUGAGGAGGGCGGCCGGGAUACUUGCCUUGUCCAGGAACGGCGCCACCUUUGCCGAGGUGAGCGAUCUCCUCAGCUUGGACCCGGCCGUCAUGCGGGAGCUCGGGCACGUCCAGGACGCCUCCGUCCCCAAGGUGCCCGUGCUCACCUGGAUGAAGCUGCGCGGGGACCUGAAGCUCCACCUGGUGGAGCGGAGGAGCGACGACACCCGUACCUUCGCCUGGGCCCACUCGGCGCUGAGGCGCGCCUGCCUGAACAGGUACCUGCCGUCAAACGACCACCGGUCUGCUCUGCACCUGACCCUGGCCAACUAUUUCUCGGGGAAACCAUCGGGCCUGUCGGGAAGGCCGGGCACCUGCGAGCCAGAGGACCUCCAUGCCCAGCCACUGGCCUGGGUCAGAGGACAGGGUCCUGGCGCCAAACACACAUUCAACCUACGGAGACUGAACGGGGUUCCUCACCACCUGCUCAAGGCCGGCCAGGUGGCCACCUUGAUCACCGAGUGCCUCUUCAACUUUCAGUUUCUGCUCCACAAGGUGUGGGCUUUAUCUGUGGUCAGUGUGGAAGAGGACCUGAAAGCAGCAUUGACACUGGAGAGGAAAGUGGGUGACCUGACCCUACUGUACGAAGCCAUCCAGUUGUCCAAGAAGGUCUUGCUUCAGGAUCCGUGUCAGCUGGCUUCACAGCUCGUCGGACGCCUACAACAGAUCGUUACGGAGGAUACACCGGUGACGCCAGAUGACCCAAGGAAAUACCCCCAUCUCCUGCGCUUGCUGAGUGAGUGUCAAAGAUCUUCGAUGCCAUUCCUCGUGCCUUCAUUUACCUGCCUCUUGCCCCCGGGUGGGUUGAUGUACAGUACACUGUCAGGUCACACUGACCGGAUUACGGCGGUAACAUGUUUCCAGAAAGGUCUUCAAGCAAUCACUGCAUCGAGGGACGGGACGUUAAAAAUCUGGGACCUCAUCAGUGGCAAAGCAUUGCAUACAGUGCACGGAGUUGGCAAGGACAUAGACUCCAUAACACUGUGCCUGCAGAAUACACUGGCGGCUGUAACUGAGGACAACGCUCUCCAGGUGUGGGAUAUCCACACUGGAAAGCAGAUCUUCACAGUCACUGGCUCCCUGGACCACCCCAUAGUUCGGUCAGCUCUCGAUGGACAACACCUGUUGGCCUUUUACGACGGAAGCCAUUUUGUUAAGAUUUUUGAUGUGUCAAACUGCUGCAGAUUGUUACACCAAGUGGAUAUCACUCCAGAAAUCGAUCCCAUUCACAAGGAUCACACUAUAUUAGUGUCGGAAUAUUCAUUGAGAGAUCAAGUUCUUUUUGCCUAUCGGAGUGGGAAGGAAGGCAUGGUGCUGAGUUCUAAACAAGGGAAGGUGGUGGCCAAGCUGCCUGCCCGCGAUGCUGCAGCUUCCGUCCAAGGAGUGGCCGUCACCAAGGACUACUUCCUUCUGGUCUGCAGGUAUCCGUGCUCAAGGCUGCGCCAAGUCCUCCACAUCGAGCUGUUUGGGGUGAAGAGCCGCGCCUACGUGCGCACGGUGAGCGGCUGCUGCGACCAUCGCCUCUCCUUCCUGUCCGUCAACCACUCGGGUUCCCACCUCCUGGCGCUCAGCUCCUCGCGCCAAACAAACAUCUCCACCAUCCUCUCCUGGGACCUGGAGACAGAAGACCACAAGCACUUGGCGGAGUUCUCGUCUGCGGCCAUCGGAGGCAAGUGGGCUCCCUCCAACACUCACGGUGGCGCAGCGAUAGAGUUGCUGUCCUGCAGCGAAUGCAGCGCCGGAGACCCGGGUUCGAUCCCGACUAUGGGUGCUGUCUGUACGGAGUUUGUACGUUCUCCACAUGAUCUCUGAGAUCUUUGGUUUCCUCCCACAUUC